AUGGCUGAGGCUUUGCUGGGAAUUGUGAUUCGAAACUUGCAAUCUUUUGUCCAUGACCAAUUUGCAACGUUUUGGGGUGUCGAUCAACAGACACAGAAGCUUUCCAACAAUCUCACUGCAAUUCGUGCUGUCCUCAGAGAUGCUGAGAGAAAGCAAAUAAUAAGCCAUGCUGUGAAGGAUUGGCUGCAGAAACUCACAGAUGCAGCAUAUGUGCUGGAUGAUAUCUUGGAUGAAUGUUCAAUUCAAUCCAAAAAGGUGCAGUCAGAUCAUGGACAUGGUUCAUGCCUCUCCCGUGUCCAUCCUAACGACAUUCUCUUUCGUUUUAAUAUUGGCAAGAGGAUGAAAGACAUCACCCAAAGAUUUCAUCACAUUAAUGAAGAAAGGGGCAUGUUCGAAUUCCGUCCUGGUGUCACAGAGAAGCAAGCAGUGGAUAAUGACGAUGAUUGGCGCCAAACUAGCUCUGUCAUUACCGACCCCAUAUUCUGUGGUAGAGACCAUGAUCGAGAGAAAAUUGUGAAGUUUCUCCUGGACGAUGCUAGUAACACUGAAGACCUCUCCAUCUAUCCCAUAGUUGGUAUGGGUGGGCUUGGGAAAACAGCACUUGCCAAACAUGUCUUCCAUGAUCACAGGGUAUGCAAACAUUUUGACUUGAGAAUUUGGGUUUGUGUUUCUGAUGAUUUCAUCACGAAGAAAAUACUGCAAUCCAUCAUAGAAUGUAGCACCGGGCAAAAUCCCAAUCUCAAUACUUUGGAAGCACUGCUGAAAAAGGUUGAAGAAGUGUUGCAGAGCAAGAGGUAUGUACUUGUUCUUGAUGAUGUGUGGAACGACGACAAAAACAAAUGGAAGGAGUUGAAGGGGAUGUUGCAGUCUGCAAGGGGAGCAAAAGGAUCUACCAUUUUGGUCACCACUCGACUUGAGGAAGUGGCGUCCGUCAUGAAAACGCAUACUGCUUAUCUUUUGAAAGAAUUGUCAGAAAAUGACAGUUGGUCAUUGUUCAAACACCACGCAUUUGGACCAAACAGAGAGGAGAGGGAAGAGCUUGUGGCGAUCGGCAGAAAGAUAGUGAGGAAAUGCGUUGGUUCCCCACUUGCAAUCAAAACACUGGGAAGCCUUUUGCGUGAUGAAAAUGAGGUAACACAAUGGGAAAUUAUAGAGGGAAGUGAGUUUUGGGAUAUACGGGAGGAAAGUAGUCCUAAAGGUGAGGAAAAUUCUGUCAUGCGUGCUUUGAAAGUAAGCUAUUUUAAUUUGGAGUUAUCACUGAGGAGAUGUUUUUCUUUUUGUGCAAUUUUCCCAAAAGAUUUUGAGAUUGUCAAGGAAGAACUAAUUCAUCUCUGGAUGGCUAAUGGAUUUAUUAAAUCUGAAGGGAAUGUAGAAGUGGAGGAUGUUGGAAAUAAAGUUCGGAAAAAAUUAUACCAUAGAUCAUUUUUUCAAGAAGCAAAGUCUGAUGAGAUUGGUAUCGUUAGAAGUUUCAAGAUGCAUGAUCUAUGUCAUGAUCUUGCCCAAUAUAUUACGGGGCAAGAAUGUGUGCUUUACAAGAAAGAAAGGGUGACUAGUUUGUCAACUAGAGUUCAUCAUUUGCACUUGUUAAAUUCUAAUGAGUCUGUCGAUAUGUCUGCUCUCAAGAAAGUUGAAUCCUUGCGAACUUUUGUUGAUUUUGAUUCAAAAUUGCCAUUUGUAAAUAUUGGUCGAUUGCCAUCAAACCUUUGUCUCCGAGCAUUACGCAUAACCUCUUUUUCUCUGUUGUCCCCCAUGAAGGGUUUAGCACAUUUGAGAUACUUGAGUUUGCAUUGGAGUUGGGUAGCAAGGUUGAAUGAUUUUAUUUGUGGGUUGCAGAAAUUGCAAAUAUUGAAACUGGAAAACUGUGAUGGGGGACAUAACUUGUUGCCUAAAGACUUGACACAAUUACAGGAUCUACGACAUAUUGUGAUCAAUAGAUGUAAUUCAAUAGGAGAGAUGCCUCCGAAUAUUGGCAAGUUAAGGCAUCUAAGAACAUUGAGCAGUUUUGCGGUGGGUUCAAAGGCAGGGCAUGGGUUGGGUGAGUUACAUGGCCUAAGGCUGGGAGGGAAGCUGCAUAUCAGAGGGCUUGAGAAUGUGGGCAGUGAAUGGGAUGCCAAACAAGCAAAUUUGAAGAGGAAGAAGGAGUUGAACCGCCUAUUCUUGUCAUGGGGUGGUAAUGCUAAUUCAGAAGGUAGUAAUGUCAAUGUUGAGGAAGUACUGGAAGCCCUCGAACCCCCGUCAACUCUCAAGAGUUUUGGGCUGAAAGGAUAUCGGGGAAUGAAGUUGUCGAGUUGGAUGAGAAAUCUUGCAGUUCUGAGAGACUUAGUGGAUGUUAUACUGUACGACUGUGACAACUUUGAGAAACUUCCUCCCCUUGGUAAACUACCACAGUUGAAAAGGCUAUACUUACGUGGGAUGAAAAAUGUAAUGUACAUAGAUGAUGAGUCAUAUGAUGGUGUAAAGGAGAAGGCGUUUCCAUCGUUGGAGAAAUUGAACGUGGAUCAUUUACCAAAUUUAGAGAGGAUGUUGAGAGAUGAAGGAGUAGAGAUUCUCCCCCGUCUUUCUGAAUUAAAAAUGUGGGGCAUCUCCAACCUUAAAUUUCCACGUCUUCCUUCUGUUGAGCGCCUUGAGGCUCGUAGCAUUGACGAAGGGGCUUCCUUCAUGGAAGGGGUUGUGAGGAAUAUGCCUUGUCUAAAGACCCUGUGUAUUAGAUGGAUUAAAGAAAGGAGUGGUGGUACUACCCGACCAGCUCAGCAGGCUUGGUGCACUCCAGGAACUAGACAUUGUGUAUUGGGAGGACCUUGA